AUGGCUGAGGCAGAAAUACAACAUGCACGUCGGCUGUCGGCGGAUAAUCAGACAGUCUCAAAGGCUGAUAUACCUUUGAAGGAGCGCUUCUUCCGUUACUUCCAGCAUGAAAUCACCGCUUUACAACAACAGAUGGAUCGUCUUGCGGAUACGUCUCUCGCGGGUGGCGAACGUGUUGACGCAACAGAUCAUUGUCUUGCCGGGAUCGUGCGGUUAUCGAAUGAAGUCAAGGAUGCGGCAAGCUAUAUUCCUACCUAUGACCAGAGGGUCUAUGCAGAGGCAAUCAAAGCGCUGCAGGAUCGAUUGAGCGAAACUCGUGCGGCGUUCGCGCCCCGAUCAAAAUUCAGCUUCAAGACCAAAAAGAAUGCCUCUGCGGUCUCUUUAUCUGAUGCUGCUACGCUGGCAUCUCAGGGACGGCUUAGCAUCCCUGGAUACCAUUCUCCGGGUGCCUCGUCUGUUGACUCGUCCGCAAACCAGACACCCAAUUAUCCUUCCACUCCAUUGAACGAGCCGGAUAAGCAGCAGCAAGAGCGGCCUGAGCUUGCACCGACAUCAUUCCCGGGUAUCUCGGUUGGAGAAUUUGGCGUAAAAUCCAGCCCGGAGAAAUCAGUCCCGUCAUUUGCAGCUACCGGUAUAUCCUCAGUGUCAGUUGACGAUCAUUAUGGACUUCACAUCAUGCUCCCAGCCUCUGGAUCAACUUCUACGGUCCCAGCAUCGAUCACCUCUCUGCGUCACUGUAUCGUUGAUAUGUCCAUUCCCACUGCCAACGGAAAACCAUAUGCUACUUUGACUGUCAAAGAUAUUAAGGAAAGCUUAUUGGUCUGUGGUCAAGUCAAUGGCCCUGCACAUAUCACCGGUGUUGAGCGCAGCGUGAUGGUAGUCUCUUGUCGCCAAUUCCGCAUGCAUCACUGCAGCAAUGUGGAUGUUUAUCUCAGCUGCUCCAGCAACCCAAUCAUUGAGGACUGUUCUAACAUUCGAUUUGGUCGGAUACCAAAGGCCUACGCCUUGGAUCAUGACCGCCCUGACAACCAAGACCGCUGGAGCCAGAUCGAAGACUUCAAAUGGAUCAAGCCGGAGCCUAGUCCAAAUUGGAGUUUGCUUGAUCCCAACGAUGCUGUUCCCGAGGAGGUCUGGGCAGAGAUUGUUCCCGGCGGGCCGGGAUGGUCUCUCGAAGACAUUUUACAUGCUAUCAAAGUAGUCAAAACUUAG